AUGGAUACCUCAGCAGCCUCCCGAGUUUUCAACAUCCCCGAACUGCUCGAGAUUAUCCUCUUGAACCUACAAUCUAAGGACCUGCUCCUAAGUCAACGCACAGCGCGAAGUUUCCAUUCCACCACCCAAGGCAGCAUCAAACUCCGACGCAAACUCUUUCUCGAACCGGAUUGGAAUCUCGAGGGCCGGGUGUUCGACGCCUAUAAACCUGGCAAUAGGCCGGGUCGCAAGCCCGAGAACAAUCGUCUUCUACUCAAGGCCUUUCCGGGUUGUUAUCCGACGAUAACGCUUGUGAUUCUCCGAGAUGGGAUCAGUGCUGGAGGACAGUCUACGUUUUCAUCACUCGGACGACGGGAGGAGUGGAGCUGGGACGUAUGCAUGUCGUUUCCGGCCGAUCGUCUUCCUGAUGUUCCGGCAGCAGUUCUGCGACCAGAAGCUAGCUGGAGGAAGAUGUUGCUCUCCCAGCCGCCUUGCAAGAGCUUGUACUUGGUUCGAAGGUGGCAGCGAGGUCGACACCCUGCGAUUGUGAGGGAAGGUGGAGUAACAAUGGGCGACGUCUUUGACGGGGUGACAAGGGAAGAUUCUGGGGAUGGUGAGAGGAAAUGGCACGACAGUUAUAUCAGCUCUGACAGCUGCUGGCAUUUUGAGGGUCCUUUGCAAUGCAACAUGAUUGAGCAGUGA